CCCCGAGCCCACCUUAUCGCCAGUCACCACCAACCCCCAAAAGUUCUUCCGCUCCCGACGACCGCCAUGGCCGCGCAGAGCCUCCUCUUUGCCGCCGCCGCGCCUCUCUUCCAGGUUCCUGCCUCUGCCCGCCCUUUCCAGUCGCUCCGAAUUGUCUCCACUCCAGGAGGCGCCACCGCCGCCGCCAGGGCGCUCGUCGUCGCCGACGCCACCAAGAAGGCAGUCGCGGUGCUCAAGGGCACCUCCCAGGUCGAGGGCGUCGUCACGCUCACCCAGGAAGACGACGGUCCCACGACGGUGAACGUUCGUAUCACUGGACUUGCUCCUGGACUUCAUGGCUUCCACCUCCAUGAGUUCGGUGACACGACUAAUGGGUGCAUAUCAACAGGUCCACAUUUUAACCCAAACGGCCUGACACAUGGUGCACCAGAAGAUGAAGUCCGUCAUGCGGGUGACCUGGGAAACAUUGUUGCCAAUGCUGAAGGUGUGGCGGAGACAACCAUUGUCGAUAGCCAGAUUCCUUUGACUGGCCCUAAUGCAGUUGUUGGGAGAGCGUUUGUUGUUCAUGAGCUUGAAGAUGACUUGGGAAAAGGUGGGCAUGAGCUCAACCUCAGUACUGGAAAUGCUGGUGGAAGACUUGCAUGUGGUAUGUUCUCUGAUACAUUUCUUACAUUUCUUUUCAAAUGAUUUUAUAAUAAUUUU